CCCCGAUCUCGGUGCUGUGAUCAUUCAAACGGAAACAUCCAAUAAAGACGGCCACGCUCAUUGGCCAGAAUCUGAUUGAAAGUGCCCCAAUCCUACUUAGUUUUAAAGAUUCAAUACAAAUUUGCUUUUUUUGAGUAGUAUAGAAACAAAAUGUCAGCUCUGAUCUGUGGAACUGUGUGUGCCUGCCUGGCCAUUUUUCAGCUUAUGCUGCAGUUGGUCCUGGCCAAGGACUACAGCUGGUGUGAUCCCGCUCUGUGCGAGAAUGGCGUCAAACACAUUGCCUGCCGAAAUACUGGACAAUUUGCCAGACGCUGCCAGCCGGACUCUGUCCAAGUGGACAUAAGCCGUCACAAGGGGGAUUUCCUGCAUGCCCACAAUAAAAGGCGAAACUUCCUGGCUUUGGGAAAAGUUCCGGGAUAUUAUCCGGCCGCAAGAAUGGCCACAAUGGUGUGGGACGAUGAGCUGCAAUACCUGUCCAUGCUGAACUCUCGCACCUGUAAGCUAGACCACGAUGAUUGCCACAACACCUACCGAUAUGCCAACGCCGGACAAAAUCUGUGCGCCGUGUGGCGUCCAAGAGAUCCGUAUGUGAAUGUGACCAGUUUGGUGGAGGAGUGCUUGGGCCUCUGGUUUAACGAGUACUCUCUGAUAGACAGCAGCUUUAUCGAUGCCUUUAAGGUCACCUCUAUUUUUGAGGACUACGGACACUUUGCGGAGAUGAGUGUGGACAAGAGUUUCGCACUGGGCUGCUCCAUCAUGAGAUUCACACGGCCCGACUAUCCCUCCGUCUACAUCUACAACUUCAUCUGCAACUAUGCCUCACUGUACGCCCUGGGAGCUCCUGUCUAUGAGACGGGCCAUCCGGCUUCUCGGUGCACCACGGGGAAGAGCAAAUUCUAUCCGGGACUGUGUUCCACUCGCGAAGUGUACGAUCCAAAUUGGUAAAUUGGUAAAAGGGAUCCCAGGGGGACUCCCUGCACUCAGGUACAACUGCCAAGAGUAUUUAGUAACACGUAGCCUUAGACCGAAUACAAAUACAAAAUAAAUGAUCGCAUCGAUUCCA